AUGAUACAAAUGCCAUCAUCUGAUACUUUCUUGAGUCGAAAACGAAAUCGUUCAACUGAUUCAGAUAAAGCAAUUAAUGCUGCGAUUGAAGCAUCGGAAAAGAUUCAUCCAACACAAACAUCAGGAUUCCAAACUCCUGUACCUACAGAUAGUGAAUUUUAUCGACGAGCACGAUUUUUACAAUUGGCUGGUAUUAUUAUCAAACGAAUUCAUCGAUUUGAACAAAUUAUUUCAAUGGAUUCGUCACGAGUCAUUUGUCAUUCAUUUGAAAUAGUUUCCACGUCUCAUAUUUCAGCCAAUCAGAUGCAACAACACCCAUGGUUGACAACUUCAACAUUACCUGUUGUUGAAAAGAAAUCAGCAAGUGGGAACAUGGUGACGCUUUUCUGCGCAAUUGUUGGUGAGAAAGGAAGCGCGUUCUCUGUGGACAUCGACGCUAGCCAGUCGGUGGAUCAGUUAAAGGAUGCUAUUGCGCAAGAGAAGAAGUAUGAUUUUGCUGCGGACGAGUUAGAGCUAUAUCUCGCGAAGAAGGGCGAAUCGUGGCUAACUGAGAAUGAGGUGAAGAAUAGUGUUAGAGACAUAAGUAAUUUUGUGCCAUUGGACGUUUCGAGGGCGCCGCUAAACAUAGUUGGUUUAUCGGAGAAUGAUGUUUACUAUCAAGUCACGGUGGAGGAUAAUAAGGCGAAAAAGGUCCCUGUGAAUGUGUUGGUGGUGGUUCCUUCGCAGAAAGCCGCCCAAGAUGUUUUUAAUCGCUGUAAGCAUCCGUUCUUCUCACAAUUUCCCAUGGCGCAUGAAGUUAAGAGCUGGCUUGAAUUUCCGUCGUUGGAGCCGCCAACGAAACUUCCAAAGUUCUACAUUCGCUCUUCAUACAGAUCGAUCGCUACUCAAGCUCUAUCAAAAGCAGACCCAAGCAUGGUCAAAUACGCAGUCAUCACUGGCACGCCUGGGAUAGAAAUCGGACCUAUUUACUUUGAUGGUUCCGCCAUGAUGGAGUGCGAGAAAUUGCCUUCUCAACUCGAGUAUGAGUUCUGGUCGUCCGAUUUGUGGUGUCUUAUGGAUUCGGUGGACCCAACAAGUAUUGCCGGAUUAUCCCUCCAUGAAUGCUCAGUUUUGCUCGCAAGCACACCGCGAUGGGAUUAUAUUAGUGAGUUUAAGAAGUUUGUUCCAACUCCAGUUGUACUCUACAUGCCAUUGUGGACAAAAGAAGAACUUAGUACCAUCGCUUUCUUAUAUCCAGAUGCAAACAAAGUGUGGGUGAACCGGUUUAACUGCUUAGGUGGUGUGCCUCGUCUAGUGUUGCAAGACAUCCAAACAGACCCGCAAGUUCUAUUGACGUGGGUAUGCAAUAGUUGUUCUCUCGAUGACUGUAUUAUGUUGGUGUCUAUAUACUCUGAGAUAAACUCGGUUCAGACUUUCAUCGACAGCCAAGAACCGUAUCAAAAGUACGAAGUCGUCUAUGCUUCAGAACUGGCGGUGCAAGUGAUCGCUCGAACGAAGUGGCAGAUGGUUCGCGCGAAGAUGCAAAACUUUCUUGGUUCGUGUGAGAAUGGAGUCCCACUAGCACAAUCGUUGUGCGGCUACACCUUCGAAUCAUAUGCGAUGGAUUUGCUGGAGAGAGGCGGGAAAUUUGUAUGCCGUAAGCUGCAUUCUGGUGCCGAAAUGCAAAAGCUUCACGCGAUCAAACGCCGAAGAGGUACUACAGGUAAUAAAGACGAAGAGGAAAUCAGCAUUCCAAGAUCGUUGCAGUGUCGGCAAAUAGUGGAGCGUGUGGAUGUCGGUCAAGUUGCAAAUCAGCUGUACGUGCCACGGACAUGGAAUUAUACUGCUAUUGACGCUUGGAUGCCGCACGUCGGUGGAUUCCAAAUGACGGUAGGAAAGAAGCACGACAUCAAGGGUGGAGCGGCAACCGAUCUCGCCAAAUUGGGUGAAAACGGUAACCGGCUAUAUUUUCUGCUUCCACCCCAAUACUACCAUUCGUUCACGAAGAAAACUCCCCAGACCAUCGAGCAGUAUGCAAUCCUUAUACCUUAUCCAGAGGUGGUGUAG